AUGUCUCUGUGUCGCGGCGCUGCGUUUUAUAGGAAUGAGGAGAGAAAAAUGACAUCCGGUGACAGGAAGAGGUUUGUUUCGGUUUUUGAUCAGUGUGAUGUGGAGAAGAAGGCCUACUUAUCCAGAGAGGAUCUUAAGGUCUCAGUCGUUAUGCUGUUCGGUUAUAAACCUUCAAAGUCAGAAACAAGUAUGAUGAUGGAGGCUGGUGCUGUGCCAAAUUGUCCAGGGGUCCCUUUGGAGCAGUUUGUGUCUCUCAUGGGGAGGAAGUUAUCAGCAGGGGAUCCAUAUGAGAAGGCAAGACAGAUCUUCAGUGCAUUUGAUCUACACUGCCGUGGAUUUUUGAAGUUGGAGGACUUCAGAAGUGUGUUUGAGCGUGUGGCUCCUCGCCUGCCCGAGCGCACCGUGCUCGAGGCUUUUCGACAUGUGGACCACGACUCAGAUGGACACGUCAGCUUCAAGGACUUUGAGGACGUUAUCGGUUACGGCCUGUCCAACAGCUGAGGCACUGUGGUAGAACAGAAGGUCUGUGGGAACAGCAGUAAGAGCUCAUGUGCUUCUGGAGUUGCCUGAUUAAAAAAAAAAAAAUCACAGUUGGACAAAUCAUGUUCAUUCACAAAACAGCACAAUGUUCAUUUAAAGUUCCCAGGAUUUAAAACCUGACUCUGAUCAUAUGUAUUGAGGUUUGGGCUACCAAAGAUUUCUUAACACAUUCGUAUUUUAUAUUUCAUCUUGAAAAGGAUUUCUAGGUAAAAUUAUUUAAAUAUGAGCUCAGUUUGUGAGGUUACAACAUCGACCCAAAUUUAAUCCAAACAUGUUCAAUAUGCAAAUUAUGAGAUGCGGGACACUGCGGUUAAUAUGGAUAGGUUCGGCUAUGUAAGGAAUAAAACACUCUGUGUUGUGCUGUUGUAGGAAAAUAAUCAACAACAAUGUUGUGUGAUGAAACAGAGUUACUGUUACUGCCCUGAAGUCCAUUAUGGCAGGGAUAAUGUACAGCGAGUCGGUCAUUAUCACGAAAUAAACCAUGACAGGAUGAUACAGGUCUUGAAGGAGUUUGUUUCACCAUGAUGACCAACUUGCUGUACAGUG